UAUCACCAGUUAAUAUCUGCGUUGCGUUUCUAGCGCAAAACAGUCGAAAUUGUCAGCUCGUUGGGUGAGCAUCGCACGAGCUCUCCUCUAGUUAAACGUUCAGUGCCCACAGAGACCGUCUUUGUGUCCAAAUCCCAAGGAUUUAACAAUACAGUUACCAUGGCUAAAAUACUAAUCAGUGCUUUAUUGUGCGUUGCCAUGUUUGGCUCGAUGGUACUCGGGUCACCGGAAUGCCCCUCGCCCAAUGGACGGUUUGCAUCCGGGGAUCAAUGUGACGCAUACACCGAGUGCCUGGACGACGUUCCCGUGCAGAAGCUGUGUCCGGACGGACUGCUCUUCCAUCAGCGCACCAAGGCCACCGGCGAGUGCACAUACGCCCCGUACUCCACCUGCAAGGAGCGGGCCCGCCUGCAGCCCGCCAACGGGACGGACGAGUGUCCGCGCCAGUUCGGCUUCUAUCCGAACGGAGACGCCACCAAGUGCGGCGUGUACCGCAACUGCGCCCACGGCGUGGCCAGCCUGACCAAGUGCCCCGAGGGACUGGCCUUCAACGAGGAGACCUACCAGUGCGACUGGCCCGACCUAGUGGCCAAUUGCAACGCCGAGGCCUUCCUCGGCUUCAACUGCCCCGCCGCCGACCCGGCUGACGCAACCGCCCCCGAAGUGGACGUCAGCCCGGAGGGCGAACUGCGCUACUACCGCCACCCGCAGACCUGCAAGAAGUACUUCGUGUGCGUCAACGGACACCCCCGACUGUACAACUGCGGCAAGUACCUGGCCUUCAACUCGGAGUCGAAGCUGUGCGACUUCUACAACAAGGUGCCCGAGUGCUACGCCCUGCUCAAGGAGAAGCAGCGCCUCAAGGCCGAGAAGCAGAACCAGCAGGUGGCUCAGCCAGAGGCCUAGGUCCUUGGACUCCCCGAGAAACCGAAGGAUUCCCAGAGGCUGCAAUCUGCACACUUGUUGUGCAAUGAUUUCGUAACCAUACUAUAAUAAUCGUUUAAUGUUGUAAAUAUGUAACUGCUUGUUGUUUAUGCAUUAAAUAAAUAAGUAACACUUGUAUAUAUAUACACACAA